AUGCUACGCGCAACUGUAAGCGUUAUCCCCCGUUGUAUUCAAGUUAAGAGUUUCUCAACCCGCCAGGACGUCGUAAAACUGGUUUACACGAAAUUGCCUGCUCAACAUUUGAGGGCGUUAAAUGCCUGCACAAGUCAGGUAAAAAUGUUGGAAGAGAUUCAGUCGAACAAGAGGAAGCAGGUUGAGGAGGGGGAGUUGGGGGAGUCGUGCGAGCCGGUCAAGAGGACGAAGUUGGUCCCGAUCGGGGCAGCAGCGGUGGUAGCGGCAACGGGGGAAAAGGCCAACCAUGUGAAGAUUGAAAAGGGUGACUCGAUCAGCAAGGAAAAGGCCAACCAGGUGAAGAUUGAAAAGGAUGACCCGGUCAGCAAGGAAAAAACGGUGCAGGUGAAGGCGGAGAAGGAUUGCCCCCCGAGCGCUUAUUCCUCCUUCGUGUGUGCAAAGGAAGUCAUGCAAACAGUCGACACGGCCACUGUGAAGACGAGCGAAAGUACCCCCCCGGUGGAAACAAAAGAAGGGGAAGUAAACACAAUUGUUACAUGGAAUAUGAACAGCAUAACGGUAAGGUACAAAAACAAGGAGAAGUGGAAGGCCUUCAUGAGUUUUUUCAACAAAAUAAAUGCAGACGUGUUGUGCUUCCAGGAGGUACGACUGCCGGCCCUGAAUAUAUGUGACGUGAAGGAUGAAAAGAACGCAAAGAAUGCAAAGAAUGCAAAGGACGAGAAGGCAAAUGCGAAGGAUGGAAAACGGGACAGAGGGAAAGUAAAGAACACGGAUCAGAAAAGCCAAGUGGACUUUGAAAUUAUGGAAAAAAUUUUAAAAGAAGAUUUUUACAACUACAAUGCGUACUUCAGUUUAGCGAACAUAAAAUAUAGUGGACAGCUGGUCUUGGUGAAAAGGAGCAUACCGGUGAAGUCCAUCCGAUACAACCUCUGCUUUGACGUCGACCCGAGCGAACACCACCAUGAGGGUAGAGUCAUCAUUGUGGAGUUUAGCAAGUUCUUUCUGUUAAGUACAUAUACACCGAACAACGGGUUUGAACCAGUGAAGUUUGAAAGAAGGAGACUGUUCGAUGAGCAGUUAAAGGAAUUUGUAUCCGUUUUGCGAAAUGAGAAAAAGAACCUAAUAUGGACAGGGGAUCUCAACAUAGCACCGGAAGAUAUAGACUUAUCUCACCCCGCUGAAUUUAGAAGAAUGAAAAAGGGGAAUGUACCAAAGGAGUUCGUUGGGCAACCUGGCUGCACCGACUUUGAACGGAAGAAUUUUAUGGGUAUUCUUUCCGCAGGGGAUCUGAUCGACUCGUACAGGCAUUUGGCAAACCAACGCACCGAUAAAGGGGCGCCCGGAAAGGCCACGCCAGGUAAAGGGGUUCGUGACGUAAACGAUAACAUCUACACGUGGCGGUGUCCCUUCCUCAUGGGGAAGAGCUGCAACAAAGCCAUGCGGAUUGAUCACUUCAUCGUAUCCAGGGGCUUUAUGCCGAACGUGGAAAACGUGGAAAUACACGGGUACAGCGUAUUCCACAACAACUUUUACGGAUCCGACCACUGCCCGGUCAUACUACACCUGCGGGGGGGGACAAAGCAGUGA